AUGGCUCGUGCAACACUGCGAGGCAAAGCGCCCCCUCAGCGCAAAAAGACGACUUCCACGCUUUCCAAGGGCAAAGCGAGCAGCACCGGUCAAGCCAAUGCAUCAUCUGCAGGCUCAAAUGCUCGAGGAGCAGUGAGCAAAGCUGCCAAGCGAGCCUCGUUUCGCGCCUCAUUGAUGGCAGGCAAAGCAGAAGAAUUUCCAAUUCCCAAGAACGUGGGACCUGGUCAAGGAGAUACGGUUUCGCGCAGUGCGCUUCGAAGGAGAAAGAGGAGAGCGAGGGAAGCUUUGGCUGCUGAUGAAGCCGCUGGGAGGAGAGGAGGCGUGCAGGAUGUGCAGGAUGCGCUAAAGGAUGUGGAGGAUGAGAUAGAAAUGGAGGAUGAGGCGGCGGAAGAGGAGCAGCAGAAGCAGCAGGUCAAUGGCGUCGGAGCGCCCCAAGCCAGACCUCAACGUGUCAGCGAAAAGAUGCGCAAGAGAGUCCUCAUCGAAGAGCAAGCACGUCAAAAGGCAAUCACAUCGGAUGCUGCAUUCCGCGCAAAUCCAUUCCAAGCGCUGAGAGCGCACGCGCAAACAUCGCUGGCUCUAGAACCCAAACGCUAG